GAUUUUUAUAUAGUUUUAUUUCCAUAAUAGGACAGAUUUGGCUCCUCAGCAUGUGUUUCCUCAAACUCGCUAAAGAGUCUAACGCUGACUUAUCCGCAAAUACCUCUAUAAUAUUCUACGGAACAAAUUGCACGACGACAAUCAUUUUCCUCCGAAUAGCAAUGAAAUGGCCCAAACUUUGUCAGCAUAUCUGCAGAAUGGAAGCAGCUGAUCCAAGCAUAGAUGGUGCACUUAUAAAGAAAUGUAACAUAUCAUGCAUUGUGGUACUAUCGUUGGCAGCUAUGGAACAUGUUUUAGCUGAUGUGUCUGGGAUAGCGCUAGCAAUAGAUUGUCAGCCGGAUAGAAAUUUGUAUGAAGCUUUCAUACUGCAAAGUUUUCCCUGGAUUUGGACGUUUUUUAACUACAAUCCUGUUUUAGGAUUCUUUGCACAAGUUAUAAAUUUUCAAUGCACAUUCAAUUGGAACUUUUCUGAUAUAUUCGUUAUUUGCAUCAGUUGGUAUCUGACAGCGAGGCUUCAACAAAUUAACGAAAGGGUCGUUGCUAUGAAAGGAAAGAUUGUACCUGCGUCAUUUUGGCGUACAGUUCGCGAAGACUACAGUAAAGCCACCGACCUCGUGAGGAGGGUUGAUGACGUCAUCAACUGUGUCAUUUUCAUCUCCUUUGCCAACAACCUCUUCUUUAUCUGCCUGCAGUUGCUUCAUACUCUUGAGCCGUUCCGCGGAUAUGAGCAAGCAGCCUACUUUGUAUUUUCAUUAGUAUUCCUCAUGUCGAGGUCAUUGGCUGUAUCUUUGAUUGCCGCUCAAGUGCACAGUGCUAGUUUGGAACCAGCUAAGUCAUUGUACGAUGUUCCUUCUGCUUCUUAUAAUGUUGAGGUUCAAAGGUUCUUAGAUCAAAUACACGGCGAUACAGUAGCACUAAGUGGUCUUCAGUUUUUCAAAGUAAAGCGGGGAUUGGUUUUAACCAUUGCCGGCACUAUUGUAACAUACGAGUUGGUACUGAUGCAGUUCACGGGUGUAACUCCAACAGGGACUCCGCCGAAUUUCCCACAACCAAUCAUUCCUAUAUUUAGUACUCCUAAGAAUAAGACAAAGAAGAUUAUUAUGCCGAUAUUGUCGCUGUUUGUUCCAGAAGAAUAUAAUGAUGUGAAAGAUAUAGUGAGUGAAAUUGGUAAAGUACCUCCAAAUACACUACACGAGGAAUACAUUGCUCCUUCAAAGAAAACCACUUCACCACCUGCUACUUUCCAAGGAGCAAUGAAACUUACAAUUUUGAUUGGGCAAUGUUUUGGAUUGAACCCUGUUCUGGGCAUUUGCGAAACUGAUGCUGGAAAGCUAAGGUUUUUAAUAUAUUCGGCGAGAUGUUUAUAUACUCUAGUUUCCAUUGCUGGUCAAUUUUGGCUCUUCUGUCUGUGGGUUCUCAAACUUAUAAAGGAGACCAACGUGAACUUCUUGGCAAAUAGUUCCGUUGUGUUCUACGGAACAAAUUGCCUCACAACGAUACUUUUCCUUCGAAUGGCAAUGAAGUGGCCCCAACUUUGCCAACAUAUAUGCAGAAUAGAAGCAGCUGAUCCCAAUGUUGACAGUUCACUUGUUAGAAAAUGUAACAUAUCCUGCAUUGUGUUUGUCAACAUUCAAUGUACAUUCAACUGGAACUUUUCUGAUGCUUUCAUCAUUUGCAUCAGUUGGUAUUUGACUGCGAGGCUUCAACAGGUUAACGAAAGGAUCGUUGCUAUGAAAGGCAAGAUUGUUCCUGUAUCAUUUUGGCGUACCGUUCGUGAAGACUACACCAUAGCUACUGAUCUCGUGAGGAAGGUCGAUGACGUCAUCAGUGGAGUAAUUUUCCUCUCCUACGCUAACAAUCUCUACUCUAUUUGUGUACAACUGCUUCAUACUCUUGAACCCUUUCACGGACAUGAACAAGCAGUGUACAUUCUCUAUUCGCUAUUGUUCCUCUUAGUGAGGUCAACGGCCAUGUCCUUAAUUGCCGCCCAAGUACACAGUGCCAGCUUGGAACCAGCUAAGGCGUUGUAUGAUGUCCCUUCUACUUCUUACUGUAUUGAGGUUCAAAGGUUUUUGGAUCAAAUCCACGGUGAUACAGUAGCGUUGACUGGACUCCAAUUUUUCAAUAUAAAACGAGGAUUAAUUCUCACGAUUGCUGGCACAAUCGUCACGUAUGAACUGGUGCUCAUGCAGUUCACUGGAGUGUCUCCGACGACGACAGUGAUGGACUACACCAUGAUCCCUGUUGCUGUCACACCUGCACCUUGA